UCCCUCUCCCUCUCCCUCUCUCUCGCUCUCUCUCUGGUUUUGGCUUUAGGACUCCACUAGUCGAGGAAGCUCGCUCGCCCUUUGUUCUCCCUAUCUCACAAUUUACCCCCUCUCUUUCCCUUUUCUCUCUCUCUCUCUCUCUCUCUCUGUUGUUGGAUGCCAGACGUCUUGGGGUGACGGUGAGCUGUUGAAGGGGGGGUGGUGGCAAACAGUGAGUGUGAAGUGUGUGUGUGAGUGUGUGUGUGACAGCAUUCCUCUUCCUCUGAGCGUGUGCAGAAGGUGAAGAAGACGGAGACGACCACAGAAGCUCCAACAACUGGAGGUGUGAAAAGUAAUCACACCCGGGUGCGGACGAAAUAAUCGCACCGGGACCCUUUCGAGGAGCUGGUCUUGGUUCGGUCCCAAACGAACUCUGGAGCGCUUCAAUUUUGGUGUGAAAGAGUUGUGAACUGGAUCCGACCCCACGAGCAGCAGCAGUGAGUCACUUCCAGCCAUCGCAGCAGCUGGUGGAUCAUUUAAGAAGCGUCCUGCCUUGGUUUGAGUGAAAUCCCGUCCAACGUUCAGUCAUCUCUGCAGAGCCAAGACGGGAAUCCAAAGGAAGCCCAGAGACUCUGGAGGAGAGAUGAGGACGAGGGCCGAGGCCGACUAACUGGAAGAUGCUGAAACACUGAGACCUUCUUUCUCCAUCAGCUGUGAUUCACAAUUUUCCCUCAGAACAACUUUUCUUUCCUGAACCUGUGAAACAAAGACGCCCCCACUGAUCCUAACAUGGCUGCUCUCGACGUGUUGCUGCUCCUGGCGGUGAUGUCUGUCUGCAGCGGGAGUCUGGUUGUGGUAAACUCUGGCGUGGAGGUCGCCAGAGGUCGCUCAGUGUUCAUCACAGAGAAGGAGCUGAAGGUCAACGUGGAUCCGACCGCAGACUGUAAGGUGGAGGUGGUGAUGAAUGAACCCGUCACUCAGAGAGUGGGGAGGCUGACUCCACAGGUGUUUGACUGCAGCUUCCUGGAGGACGAGAUAAAAUACGUCCACAACGGCAGCCCCCUGCUGGACGAGGACACGGUGAUGCUCAGAGUCUACAGGUUCACGUCUUCAGACACGCUGGUGGAGACUGUGGCUCUGCUGGUGCGGGUGGUGGACUCGGGGUCUGGUGUGGUGGAGCUGGGCAGCGCUCCUCUGGUGGUUCCGCAGUUCCACGGUUUAUCCAACGCCAUCGACAGCUCUGUGCUCAGCAUCAGGACCGCCGCCCACCUGGUCUGCACCGUCAGACUGAUGACCACCGACACGAACGUUCCCGCUCUGGGUCAGCUGGUGAGGGAAGAGGACUCCACCCAGAGGAAGAGCAGAGAGACAGCAGCGCUCUGUCCUGGAAACAAACCCUGUCUUCAUGACACCAAGGAGGUUCGUUUCCUCAAGACCGGCUGCCAGGACUUCCUGACCUCCGGUCUGAAGUACCAGCACCUCAGCCCUCCGUCACCUGAGAUUGACUACAUCCCCAUUAGGGUGGAGCUGAGGGACCAGGCCACCAGGGCCCUGCUGGAGACAGAGGCGGUAUGGUUGCCGGUUUUGAUCCACGGUGCGAUGCAGAACCAGCCCCCCCAGGCCGCCUUCAUGGCCUCCUUCAUCCUGGAGGUGGACCAGUUCAUCCUCACCCCGCUCACCACUGCCGCGCUGGACGCCAAGGACCACGAGACGCCGCAGGAGAGGCUGGUUUUCAACGUGACCGUCCCGCCCGCCGAGGGCUACAUCACCCACCUGGACGACCACACCAAGCCUAUCAGGUCUUUCACCUGGUCGGACCUCCACGAGAUGAAAGUGGGCUACCAGCCGCCCAACAGCAGCCAAUCACACCGCAGGAACUAUGAGGUGGAGUUCCAGGUUAUAGACGGCUUCUAUGUGACCAGCCCACCCAUCAUGGUCCACAUCUCCAUCAGGGCAACUGAAACAAAUGCACCCAGAGUCUCCUGGAACAUGGGUCUGGACCUGUUGGAGGGUCAGUCCAGACCAAUCACCUGGGAGGAGCUGCAGAUAGUCGACAACGACAACAUCGAUGCCGUCUACCUGGUGGCUGUGGACGGACCUCUACACGGGCGUCUCAGUGUCAGAGGUGGGAAGGCGUUCAUGUUCCGUGUGCGGGACCUGAGGGAGGGCGUGGUCAUCUACCAUCACUCCGACAGCGACACCACUCGCGACCACAUUGUCUUCCGCAUCAGCGACGGCCGCCACAGCAUCCGCCACAAGUUCCCAAUCAACAUCCUGCCUAAAGACGACUCUCCACCUUUCCUCAUCAACAACGUGGCGGUGGAGGUGCAGGAGGGCGGGGCCGUGAGGCUGGAGGAGUACAUGCUGUUAGCCUCCGACCUGGACUCCAGCGACGACUACAUCCUCUAUCAAAUAGGCUCCUCCCCCCGGGCGGGGCAGCUGGUCAGGAAGACCUCCGCCGAGGAGACAGGAGUUCCAGUGGACAGUUUCCUGCAGAAAGACCUGAUCCAGGGUCAGAUCUACUACCAGCACUCAGGAGAGGAGCGGUUCGAGGACUCCUUCGACAUCACGCUGUCCGACAGCCACCAGCCGCCCAACCUCUCCCAGACAUAUACAAUGGUGGUCCAUGUGUUUCCAGUAAAGGACCAGCUGCCGGUGGAGGUUCCUGGCAGCGUACGCUCUCUGACGGUGAAAGAGACGGAGGUGGUUUACAUCACUCAGACUCACCUCCACUUCACAGACAGAGAACACCCGGGCACCGACCUGACCUACGUCAUCACGCAGCCCUGCUUCAGCCCACUGCAUCCUGGGCUGAUGGAUGCAGGACGUCUGUUCUACACAGACACCACCACCGCCAUGAAGAAAGACCACAUGGUCCCGGUGUUAAAGUCCUUCACACAGCAUGCGGUCAACCACAUGAAAGUGGCUUUCAUGCCUCCUGUGGAGGACAUCGGCCCGGCGCCACUGUUCGUCCAGUUUGUCUUCUCCGUCAGCGACCACCACGGUGGCACCAUCUCCGGCCUCCUCUUCAACAUCACAAUCACCCCUGUGGAUGACCAAGCACCAGAGGCCUUCACCAACCUGCUGCGGGUGGAGGAGGGCGGAGGUGCCUUUAUGACGGAGGAGCACCUCCUGGUCCAGGAUCGGGACAGCACUGAGGAGGCUCUGAGGGUGAAGGUCCAGAGGACAGCUCGUCAUGGGCGACUGGAGCUGCAGGGCCGAAUGCUGCUGAAGGGAGACGAGUUCACCCUGCAGGACCUGAGAGGACUGAGACUCAGGUACAUCCACGAUGACUCUGAGACGACUGGGGAUGAGGUCGGUCUGAAGGUGACGGACGGUCUGAACUCAGCUGAUGUGAUCCUGCCAAUACAGAUCCUGCCGAUGAAUGACGAGCCCCCCCAGCUGGGUGGAGGUCUGCGAGGGGAGCUGAGCUGUGAGGAGGGGGGGCGGGUACAGGUGACGGUGGACUACCUGUCGGCCACGGACCGGGACAGCGAUGACUCCAGGCUGACCUACAUGCUGGCACGGAGGCCGGGUAGAGGGGAGCUGCAGAGAGCUGGACUGACUGUGGACAAGUUCUCCCAGCAGGACCUGCUGCAGGGACACAUCUACUACGCCCACACAGGAGGAGAGAUCGGACCUGAGCCGGUGUUCGACACAGUCACUCUCAUCAUUUCUGACGGUGAGGCUGGAGGGACGGAGAGCUGUUGCCAUGGAGACGCCCCGCCCCCUCCCGUCCCCCUCCACGGCACACUUCCUGUGUACGACCUCAACGUCACUGUCCUUCCUGUCAACAACAAAGUGCCAUCCGUCAGUCUGGGUGAGUCUCUGUUGGUGGUGGACGAGGGCUCCUCAGCCUGUUUAUGUGGGGGGGUCCUGGGCGCCUCAGACCCUGACAGCCCCCCUGACCAGCUGACCUUUCACCUGGAGACUCCACCUCUGCACGGCUUCCUGGAGAACACGCUGCCAACACCUGGCUCCGAGAAGAGCAACGCAGGAGUCCGAGUCGAAUCCUUCAGUCUCGUCCACCUGACCUCUGGUUUCAUCAACUACAUCCAAUCAGAGCACAAAGGGGCGGAGCCAACUGUCGACCAGUUGUCCGUCUGUGUGAGUGAUGGGCUGUAUCGCUCCGCCCCUGUCACCCUCUACAUCAUCAUCAAUCCAACCAAUGACGAGACGCCUUCUCUGCUGCUCGCCAACUUCACCGUGAAGGAGGGUGGGAUCAGGGAGCUGACUCCGUCCAUACUGAACGGUCUGGACCUGGACGCCCCCCCGGACCUCCUCACCUUCACAGUGGUGCAGCCACCGGCUCACGGCUGGCUGAUCAACGGCAUCUACGGCGCAGACAUGAGUCGCUACAGAGAGAUGGGAGCUGACCUCCUGCAGAGGAGCCUCCCCGUCACCUCCUUCACCCUGCAUGAGCUCCGACAAGGCAUGAAGAUCAUGUACAUGCACGAUGACACAGAAACCCUGAAGGACUUCGUGGCUCUGCAGCUGACAGAUGGCGUCCACACAGUCCAGGGGACGGCUCAGGUCACAGUGCUGCCGGUCAACGACGAGAUACCGCGACUGCUCAAGAAUGCUGGACUGGAGGUGGACUCUGGUGAGCUCAGGGUGAUUUCCAGUGUGGCUCUGGAGGCUGAGGACAUGGACACGCCCCCAAUCCAGGUGUACUACUUCAUCAACGCCGCACCACGAUUCGGAAACCUGCAGCUCAAGACGGCGUCGGGCUGGACCGAGCUGUCGGCCGCUCAGAACUUCACCCAGGACGAUGUGGAGAUGAACCGCCUGUGGUACAAACACACCGCUGCCAACGCCGCCAACUUCAAAGGUCACGACAGCUUCCGCUUCACCCUUAGCGACCUGGUCAACGAGUCUCCUGCUCAGAGCUUCUUCAUCUCCGUCCACACUGUGCAGAAAGGUGACAUAGUGCUGCUGAGCAAGGCAGUGCAUCUGAGGGAGGGGCAGCGGGUCGUCCUGAACACCGACAUCCUGCUGGCGUCAGACUCGGCGGCUCAUCCGGAGGAGCUGAUCUACACGGUGUCCGUCCUGCCUCGACACGGACUCAUCCAUGGCGUCCAGCGGCCCGGAGUCCCACUGACUAGCUUCACACAGCUGGACGUCGCCGCACACCGAGUGUGUUACACCCACGACAACAGCCACGAGGCUGAGUCCGACUCCUUCAGUUUCGUCGUCACCAACGGCGCCUCAUCCCGCAGCGGCACCCUCCACUUCACCAUCGAACACGGUGACCGCAUCCCCCCUACCCUCAACCACAACACCGGGCUGCGGCUGCAGGACGGGGCCACAGAGACCAUCACCUCUGAGCAGCUGCAGCUCACCGACCCUGACACCGCCGCAGCCAACCUGAGCUUCAUCAUCACAGAGCCGCCACGCUACGGAAAACUGCUGCUGAGAGGAGUCCCACUGACACCUCCGCUGAGAUUCAGCCAAACCGACGUGGACGAGCUCAACCUGGCUUACCGACACAACCCGGGCAGCCCAGCGGAUAUCGACAGGUUCUACUUCCUGCCGACUGAUGGGAGCAACAGAGGAUACCUGGAGUUUGGACAGCUGAGAGAAGAGCCUGCUGUGUUUAACAUACAGGUGGAUCGGGUGGACAGGGCGCCUCCCAGUCUGACCACCAGACGUAGUCCCAGCACGGUGGUGGAUCUAAGCGGCGGGCGUUACGGCAUCUUCAUCACCAACAAACACCUGCAGGCCUCGGACCCCGACAGCCCCACAGAGGAGCUGGAGUUCUCCAUCAGCAGACCUCCACACUUCGGCUACCUGGAGAACGCUCUCACAGGAGCCUACAUCAAAGGUCGUUUCACCCAGCGGGAUGUGGACCCGGCUGUGGUGUUCGUCCUCCCGGCCGACAUGGAGGUAACGGCAGACAGCUUCCAGUUCCGCCUCACGGACCCAGCAGGAAACACCAUGCUGCCUGAAAUUCUGGAGCUGUCCUGGUCUCGGCUGGAGUUGUCGGCGACCUGCUACAGAACCUGUGAGACAGCAGGGACUCUUCAGAUCCAGAUCCAGCGCAGCGGGAAGAGCGUUGACCCGGCCUACGUUGCUAUCCAGGUGGAGGAAGGAUCGGCCAAACACGGCAGAGAUUUCACUCACAGCACAGCUGGCCUCGUCCAGUUUGACCCAGGAGUCAGUGUGAAAACCUGGAACAUUUACCUGGUCGACGACGGUCUGGAGGAAAACCACGAGACCUUUACUGUCACCCUGAAAAACCCGCAGAACGCCGUCCUGGGACAGAGGAGCUCCGCUAGUGUUGAGAUCAUUGACCCCAGAGGAGGAAGGUGCGACCCUGACGACCUGGUGGAGGGGGACGUGAAGCAGCUUCCCCCACCUCCUCGCCUCCCUGACCCUCCCAGGAUGGAGGAGGACGAGGACCCCGUCACCGACAUCGAGGCAGAGCUUCUGUGGGAGACACAGCCUCACCCUCCCAGAGGGGACGUCCCGAACCGCCAGCCCUACCUGGACUACGGAGAGGGGGACCCACAGGACCAGGCGGCCCCCAGCUACAGCCACAUCCACUACCACAGCAGGCAGCUGCCUGGGACAGGCACUGGGAGCACUGGGAGCACUGGUAGCACUGGCAGCACUGGACACAGAGUCAGACAAGGAGGACUAAAGGUUCAUCUGUCAGGAGAGAGGAAGUCUGAAGAGAAAGUCUGGACGUUCCACAGUCUGACUCCUCUCCGGCUGGAGGAGCUGAAGCCGGGUGACGCCGGGUGGAGCUGGUCGCCUCACAGUCGCCUCCUGCAGGAGCUCCGAGUCGGAGACGCUCCUCAGAUGGAUCACCCAGUACCCAGACACCACCCAGAGCUACGCCAGCACAAGACGGGGAAGUCGGUCAGCAGCUCAUGUCCUGACGGCUGGACUCACUACAGGAGACGUUGUUACAUCCUCAGCUCGUCUGUGGCCAGCUGGGCCAGCGCUGAGAGAACCUGCUCACUGCUGUUUAACAGCAGCCUGACCAGCGUGCGGUCCAGGAGAGACAUGACCUGGCUGUGGAAGUUUGCAGGGAAGAAGCCAUUUUGGAUCGGGCUGUCUGGAGGUCCAGGUCGCUGGAUGUGGGCUGACGGUCGGGCCGUGUCCUUCUCCAGACUGAGGGGGGCGCCGCCGGUCCGCAGCGGGUCCGGCGACGGCUCAGACUGCGUGCUGGUUGAAAACCCCAGAAGCUGGAUUUCCACGAGCUGCUCCACCGAAACUCAACACACAUUCAUCUGUUCAUCGCCGGCUCACACUCACUGAGAGACUCGUAUUCACUGCUAUCAGCCCCGUCAUAACCCCUGACCCCUGUGAACUCUUCUUCAAGUCAUAUUUAAUGUUACGCAAUGAUGCUGCUCUGUACAUUAGUUUUCAUAUUUUUGUCAUAAUAAAGAUUGCUGCGCAAACCAAAAUAA